UGUUGUGGCUAUAGUAGUUUGCUUCCCGUUCAGCGUUUGCAUGAGUGACGAUGUGGGCUCGUCGCCGCGGCGAUGGCAGCGCACGAUCGCACAUUAAGCGACGCCAGGAUCACUCUGUGCGAAGCGUGAAAUUUUUACGACACCUACUUACCGCUCAGUGAGUUGCAGGGCAGAUUGGAGUUGUGGGUCGUUUCUGGAUUGCCCGUUUCUGUGCAACUCGGAGGGUAGAGUGUGCCGUGGAUUGAUGUUCGUGAAGGCGGCGAUUUCGUGAGCAAUCUGCUUCAUUAUUUGAGAAUUGCGAGAUUUUAAGCGUCAAGGGAUAUAAAUACCUGCGAGGCAGUGCAUCAGGGUUCAACUUUGUGUGUAAUUUAUGUGGAUGCUCCAGAGGUGUUUCUAGUUUCAGUUUUAGAGAUAUUGUGUAGCUUUCCAAUUGGUGCUGCUUGUAGAGGGAGAGAAAGAAGCAGCAGCAGCAGCAGAAGAAGAAGAAGAAGAAGAAGAUGGUGUUCUUCUUUCUCUUCGGUGGUUUGACUCAAGAAGUAAAAAAUGUGAUCAAAAGCCGAGCAGCUACAUGCCCUAUUUGCACGUCUCCUGCAGAUUUGGUUGAGUAUGACAACGUGCUCCGCCUAUUUUUCUUACCAGUGUGGAAGUGGAGUGGUGACAACCCAGCAAUCAAAUGCACCUCAUGUCCAUUUCUGAUGCCAUCCAGCAAGCUCAACAGCAUCGAGAUACGCAGAAAGCUUGGAUCUGUGCAACCAGAUGAGUGGACUCCAAGGGCUGCUCAGCGACAAUGCUGGUCUUGCUUGGCUCCCAUUGAGUCUGUGAACUUCAAGUUUUGCCCUCAAUGUGGAGCUGCUCUUUGAGGUUGAAGAAAGGGAAGAGGCCAUGGUAUCUGUAAGCUAAGCUCUUAGCUAUUUGUGUAUAAACUUAGUGUGGAAGCUUUUGAAUCUGGUUUGAUCACGUAGUAUACUAAACCUCUGAAGGUUGCAGUUUCUUUAAGAUAAUGGCUGCUUGAAGUGUGAUUUUUUUAUUUUUUUAUUUUUUUAUUUUUUUCCACCA